AUGAAUAAAGAAAACUUCCGCUUUUAUAUUAAAGUACGCACAGCACUUAAUAUCCCAGCAGGAGUGAUUUAUGAUGAACUAUAUUCUCUCUGUGGUGCUCAAGCUCCUUCUUAUACAACAGUUAAAAGAUGGCCUAAAUGGUUUCGUGAAUGCCGGGAAGAAGUUGAAAAUGAAGCACAACCUGGUAGACCUGUUACCGAAACAACAUCUGAAAAUAUUGAACAGGUCCGCCUUCUUAUCGAUGAUAAUCCUCACAUUACAAUAGAAGAGAUGCAAGAGCGAACUGAUUUAAAAGAAACAUGGCGUUUAUAUGAUAUAAUAACUGGUGACGAGUCGUGGUUUUAUCAUACACAAAUUGGUCGAAGGUUAUCGAACGCAGCAUUGGUGGGAAGAGGAGAUCCUCCACCUACUGUAGUUCGACGUAAACGGGAACAAGCUAUUGAUCAUCAUUAUUACGUCAACAAUUGUUUACGACAUCUUGUUGAUGAAAUCAAACGUCAAAGACCUUCAUAUGGCACUAAUCGUAUUAAAAUUCACCACGAUAAUGGAAGGGCACAUAUUCAUAAAGAUGUGUCUAAUUAUCUUGAAUCGGAAGGUUUCACAGUAAUGCCACAUCCACCUAAUUCUCCAGAUUUAUCACCAUGCGACUUUUGGUUAUUUGACUUAAUUAAAGAAAAUCUAACUGAUCAAAGUGAUUCAGAAUCAUUAUACGAUGCUUAUGUACCUGAUCAAUCUCAUUUACAUUCAUUCUAUCUUGUUGAUAUAUUUACAAAACAUAAUAGUAUGACUGAACCAUUACUAUUAACUCCGCAAAAUAUACACGAUCUUCAAUGUGCUAAUUUUUUUGCUUAUGUCAGUCGUUAUUGUAGUGAAGAUAUUGUGAAAUAUUUUGAACUUAUUCGUGCUCAAGAUUAUCUUGAAUUAACUGAUAUCAAGAUAAAACUAACAUUUAAUCGACCUGAUGGUACCUGUAUAAUCAAGCUGGGAAUCCAACAUGAUAUUAAUAAGUUAUUUGAAAGCCUUCAAAAUACAUUAGCCAAUAAUGAGCAAGUAACAACUGCUGCUACCGUAAAAGAAGACCUAGUUUUAUCAUCUGAAGUUAUUGAAAAAUAUCCAUUUCUUAAACGUUUAGUCCAUUUUUUCAUCAAAUUAUCUCAAAAUGUUAAUCCAACAGAUGAACCAUUUUUACAUCAUUUCCUCGAAAAUCUCCUUUCAAAUAUAUCACUCGCCAAAAGUCGAUAUCGUUACAGCGAAUAUAUUAUUGAUUUUGCGCUCUGCUUAUCUAUUUUAGCAGGACGUAAUGCUUGCGAAUUUAUCCGUCUCAAUAUACCUGGUGCAUUGCCUAAUUUAACCAUAAAUCAAACAAAAAUAGCUAAAGAAGGAUUUUGUACAGUUGAAGGUGAAUUUCGUUAUGAUGAUAUGAACAAAUAUUUAAGAACAAUUAAUUCAACAUUUGUAUAUUGUGCAGAAAAUUGCACUUCUGCUGUACGCGAAAUUGUAUAUGAUGUUCAAUCAAAUGCAUUUGCUGGUUUUACAUCUCCACUUGAUGAACAUGGUAUGCCACGAAUACAACAUUUCCAAACAAAUUCAUUUGAAGGUUUAAAAACUUGGUUUGAACAAAAAGAUAUUUCUCAUCUAAUAAAUUUACACAUGAUUCAACCAAUAUGUAUUAGUGAUAAAAAAAAACUUCUCCUUUUGCACUUGCUGCAUAUGGAACUAAUGGAAAAUUUACUUAUCUUGAUGUUAUUCGUCGUUGGUUUAAAAUGUUUGAAGAAAGUUUACACCGAUGUGUUCGUAUUUUGGGAUACUCAAUGGCUACUGAUCCAAGGAUAUUUAUUGCCAAUGAAAUUGGUAUGUGGUUUUUUUGGUACUUUGUUGAAUAGUCCAACAAUAGAACAUUCUUCAUUAUUUAAAGUUGCUAUGCCAGUUUCUUGGUCAUGGUUUUAUUUACCAGGUGAACAAUUAUUUUUAUGCACGCAAGAUGCACUCACAUCUGUACAAACUUCGUAA